AAUCAUUGAGUACUUUUUUCAAGGUCGUAUGGAAGUCUGAUAUUUACAUUGUGUUUUCAUUAUUAUAUUACUCAUUCCAUUAUUACUCAUUCCAUAAUAUACCUAUCUAUUUAUCUGUGUUAUCUAGCUAGUCUGAUUUGUGAUAACUAUACCAGACCAGUCAUUAAUUUGGUAGUUACCAUUAGAAAUUAAUCAAGGAAAGUCCAGGACAGUGUUUUAAUUCCCCUUGAAAAGUUAAAUUUUUACUCAUCUAAAAUGGCUAAAAUGGCUUUCCAACACCAGGCAGGAACAGCAAUGGAAUGUUUGAGUAUACCAAUUACUCUGCAUAAAGAAGUGGAAGGCGAAAAUAUGCGAUGUGGUUUCAAAAUUGGUGGUGGUAUUGACCAGGACUGGUACAAAAGCCCUCAGGGCUACACGGAUAAUGGAAUAUAUGUCACAGAAGUGCACGAUGAUAGUCCGGCUUCAAGAUCUGGACUUCGAGUCCAUGACAAAAUCCUUCAGUGUAAUGGAUAUGACUUCACAAUGGUGACUCAUAAGAAAGCAGUGAGCUAUAUAAAGAAACAUCCAGUGUUGAAUCUUCUUGUGGCUCGUAAAGGAGUUACAUCCACUUAGAGUCGAAAUAGAAAGAAAGGCUAAUAUUAUUUCUGUGACAUUUAAUUUCAAAUCUUCAUUUUAGGUAGAAUUUGAAUAUUUAGAAAACUAUAUUCAAAUGGAAGCUAUUAAUUGAUGAAAAUGAAUAUAAAGUGAUUAUGUUCUUAGAAUUCAAACAUGCUUUUGAAACAAUUUAUAUCAACAUCAUUUUUAUAACAUUGAGUUUAUUAAUUUUUUGAUGACACAGUUAUAACAGUAAGUGAUGGAAACCUUGAACUGUACAGUUGAAGAAAUAAAGCUUUUGGACACUCAAAA